AUGGACGAGUCGUCGCUGCUGGACUUGCUGGAGUGCUCCGUGUGCCUGGAGCGGCUGGACACCACGGCCAAGGUGCUGCCGUGCCAGCACACCUUCUGCCGCCGCUGCCUGGAGAGCAUCGUCAGCUCCCGCCACGAGCUGCGCUGCCCCGAGUGCCGCAUCCUGGUGGGCUGCGGCGUGGACGAGCUGCCCGCCAACAUCCUCCUCGUCCGGCUGCUGGACGGCAUCCGCCAGCGGCCCCGCGCCGCCGGCAGCGCCGCCGCCGCCCCCGCCUACCCCCAGCCCGCCGCGGCCCCCAGCGCCGCCGCCUCGGCCGCCGCCAGCCUGCGGGAGCUGGCGGCCGCGGGCCGCAGCGCCUUGCUGGGAAAGAGCGCUUCUCAGCUGCCCUACGGCAAAGCUCUCUACACGUAUGAGGGGAAGGAGCCCGGAGACCUCAAGUUCAACAAGGGGGACAUCAUUAUACUACGGCGCAAGGUGGACGAGAACUGGUACCACGGGGAGCUCAAUGGAAACCACGGCUUCUUCCCCGCCAGCUACAUCCAGUGUAUCAAGCCCCUCCCGCAAGCUCCACCUCAGGGCAAAGCACUUUACGACUUUGAAAUAAAGGAUAAAGAUCAAGACAAGGACUGCCUGACCUUCACUAAGGAUGAAAUUUUGACUGUCAUCAGGAGGGUAGAUGAUAACUGGGCAGAAGGAAUGCUGGGAGACAAGAUUGGUAUUUUCCCUAUCCUCUAUGUUGAGCUCAACGAAUCAGCUAAACAACUUAUUGAGAUGGACAAGACAUGCUUAGCUGCCGCGUCUGGCUGCGAUGUCCCUUUGCCAUCUGACACCACCAUGGCGGUCAAUUUGGCGCAGUGCUCUACCUUGAACAGUACAGGAGCGGUCAGUGCCAUCCAGAGGCACAUUGAGGGCAAGAAGAAUGCCAAGAAGCGCCACUCCUUCACUGCUCUCAGUAUGACACACAAAUCCUCCCAGGCCAUGAGUAACAGGCACUCCAUGGAAAUUAGUGCUCCCGUUUUGAUCAGCUCUAGCGACCCGCGAGCUGCUGCCAGAAUUGGAGACUUGACUCAUCUUUCAUCCAGUGCUCCAGCCCAGGAUUCCUCUUCAGCUGGAACAGCCACAGUGGCUAGUCCCAGGACAAGUGCAAUAAUUGGAGAUCAGGGAACACCACCGAAGGUCCAGCUCCCCCUCAAUAUCUACCUAGCUCUAUAUGCCUACAAGCCUCAGAAAAACGAUGAGCUGGAGCUCCGCAAAGGUGAGAUGUACCGGGUCAUUGAGAAGUGUCAAGACGGCUGGUUCAAGGGCACGUCACUGAGAAGUGGGAUGUCCGGAGUCUUCCCGGGCAACUAUGUGACUCCUGUUUCCAGAGUGCCUGUGGGAGCUGGUCAGCCCCGCAACAGCGGAGCCGGGGGAGCUCAGGCAACGAAAGUGGCCCCAGGAGCCGUCCACUCUGGAGGGGCAAGUCACACGAAUGCCGCCACAGCUAUCAGACCAGUUGUUCCUAUCACUGCGCCUCAGACUCAUCCCCAGCUCCAGGCAGCCUCUCCGCAGCUGAAUAACUGCUUGAGGUAUUCGGCUCAACAGCCAGCCAGCCAGACACGCAAUGCAAUGCAGAUGGCUCACCCGGCGGCGCAGGCCCCGGAGCGCCCCACCGCCACCGUCUCGCCCCUGCGCGCCCCCGGCUCGCCCUCCCGCCUGCCGCCCGCCGCCGUCCGGCCUCACGCCGCCGCCGCCGCCUCCCCCCAGCACAGCCACCAGCUCCCCGCGGCGGCGCCGGGGCUGCCGCCGGCCCGGCCCCUCAUCCCGCUGACCUCCGCCGCCGCCGCCAUCACCCCUCCCAACGUCAGCGCCGCUCACCUCAACGGCGAGGCGGGCGGCGGCGCCCUGGGCGGCCCCGCGGCGCCCGGCCCCGCCGCCAAGGCGGAGGAGAGGAAGAACGAGAAGAAGGAGAAGAAGAGUGGGCUGCUGAAACUUCUAGCAGGAGCAUCAACGAAAAAAAAGUCACGCUCGCCACCAUCAGUGUCCCCCACGCAUGACGCCCAGGCAGCCAUCGAAGGAGUCCUGCAAGGGGCAGUGGGACCCGAGCUCUCCUCCCUUUCCAGCCAUGGCAGAGCUGGCUCGUGUCCAAUAGAGAGUGAAAUGCAGGGAGCCAUGGGGUUGGAGCCUCUGCACAGGAAAACAGGCUCCUUGGAUUUGAAUUUCUCCAUCCCUUCUCCUGCCAGACAGCCUCUCUCUUCCAUGGCAGCUAUCCGCCCAGAGCCCAAGCCUUUGCCCCGAGAAAGGUACCGUGUUGUGGUUCCCUACCCGCCACAGAGCGAGGCCGAGAUCGAACUGAAAGAAGGUGACAUUGUGUUUGUGCACAAGAAAAGGGAGGACGGCUGGUAUAAAGGGACAUUACAGAGGAACGGCAGGACGGGCCUCUUUCCCGGGAGCUUCGUGGAGAGCUUCUGAGGACCAGUCGUGACUCUCUGAACUGGCGGGGCUUUCAGGGGAAAUCCCAUAGCACAAGAAGAGACAGCAAAGGGAAACUUGACUGAUAACCACUGCCAUUUUUAUUUCCAAAGACUCCCCCAGGCUCUUCAGUCUACAGCUUUGGAGACACAGUGGCCCGCUGUGCUUCUGAAACCGCGUGCGGUGCAUACAGUGGUAUGUUGAAGUAGUGCCUUCCACCUGGAAUCACGGACUGAAAGGACACCCAUUUGGACUGUACGUAACCUAAACUCCAGCUGUUAACCCUUUGUGUAAAUUAUAGAGAAAAUAUCUUUAAAAAGAUUAAGAGAAAAGUUGUUAUAUUGCUGUAACUUAUUUGUCAGAGCUGCAGUGUUCUUAUUACUGGCCUAUGCAAGACGGAUUUGAGAGUUUAAGGAGGUGUGCUAGGAAGCUCUUAAACUGGGAGGUAAAAAGAGGGAGGAGAGGGUGGAGAAAAACCCAGGUAGAUUUGUGCGUUGUCAUUCAAGAAAUAAUGAAGAGUCCAAAAUGUUAAUGUCAUGCUUUCUAUAUACCUCAAAGAUAUGCUGCGUAAGUUUGUCAGUAAACGUGUUAGUGCUCAGAGUCCCGUAUCAUCCGGUGUCCCAGUGUUAUCACUGGGAAGAUCCUGGAGGAGGUUUGGCUCCACCAUUCAACUGUGGUUAUUUGAGCAGAAUCCCUUUUGCCUGUCUUUUGCCCUUAUUAUAUGCAGCAUGGAUUUUUGUCCUUCAGUAUCACUUUCCAUUGCUUUUUUGUAUGACGUACCUUUUUACUGUAAGAAUUGUUAUACUUUAUAUAUAUUCCUAAUAGAUCAGACAUUUCCUCUUUUUCAUACAUCUGGUGCUAUUUUUUUUAAUUGUUAAAGAUUUGGUUAGGUUAAGCAGAGAGGCUGCAGCAAGAUGUGCAUUUAAUAUACGAAAUUAGAAAUGCAGCUGAAGAUCAAGAUCAGACUAUUUGGUUCAUGUUUCGUAGAGAAAAAAAGAAAACAACUGCUUGGUCACUGCUAAAUAUACCUGAAGGAGCAUGCAUGUGCAAUAAGCACAUACUCACACUCUCGUGUGUAUUUAUAGUGUCUGUCGACCUACGCUAGAGCACAGCAUUCUGUCUAGAGAGUGAUAAUUACUCCAGAAUUGGAAGUAAUUCCCAGAGGAGUCAUUUUAAUUGACUUUUUCAUGGCAAUGAGAAGAACACUGCAGGUUCUAGCACACACAGGGACUGUGGACAUUUCCUCUGUAGUUGCAUCACAGAAACGAGAGCUGAUCUGCGACAGCUGUAAUUAUCAUUAUCGAAAUGUGAUUUCUCACUGUAGAAAUGUACAGUUCUGGAGACUGUUCCAUUUCUUAACAUGGUCAAGCUACAAUACAAAACGUAUCAGGCAAUACAAGCUUCCAUCUACCAGGGACUUAAAGGUGCAAUAAAUGUAAAGCAAGUUUAGUCAGUUUUUCAUAUCAAACAGAAUAAGAAAAAAUCAAUAGCGCAACUGUGAGAGUAUUUAAGAAGAAAUCAAUUCUUGACGAAUGAAACGUGAUGAAAGAGUUUUCUUAGCUGUAUCUGUACCUUGCCUUUCCCAGCGGCUGGCCGUUUGCCAAAGCCAACAUGUGGCGGUGGUUUAAAAGCGUGUCGGAGGCACUGUAACCUGGAGAUGAUCCUAUUAGAAGGAAGAGGCCCAGUGGGUGAACAUCGUUACUGCGUUACCAGUGUUGCAUAUGCGAAGGUGUGAGUUUUGUUCUCAUUCGAGCCGUGUAUACUAGGACAUGUCAAAGCACAUAGAAGUGAAUGUUCCUACUUAAGUUCAGCUCUGUGACUUUGUUCUCUAUAAAAUAAGUUUCUUCUUGCUGUCACAUGUAACAAACAGAUUCCAGAAACACAGUCCAUGGCCAAGUAUAGCACCUUCGAACAGGGAGGCAUUAUUUUCAGGGUGUUUCUUUUUAUAUUUAACGUUGCUGCAUUUGUUCAUAUUCCAGAUUGCAAUGAGUCAGCCACUAAAAAGUUUAGUUACUGUUGAGAGGAAAUUGCCUUUUUAUAACCAAUAAGAGAUUGAAGAGACGUCUUCUGCAAUGACUGGUUUGAGAAUAGAGCCAUAUCUGUCCAGUUAUUUGGUCCACAUCAGAAUUGCUAUCACCGCACCUCAAGCAGUAAACUGCACAGUUAGCAAGUUAGCAAAGCCAAAAUGCGUGUUACUGAUUCCAAUAAAAAUCCUGGGUUAGAUCUGUCAGAGAUGAGGAGAUUUUUCUGACAAUUUACAGUGGUUAAAGUUCUCUUAAAAUUCUGUUCCGUGAGUGUAUUUACUACACUCAGAAAAAUGAAACGGGAUGACGGCUUGGUUGCUGCCUAUUGCGUUUAGCCAGAUCUAAAAGGGUUCCAGAUUUUCACGUUUUAAUGCUUUACUCUAAGGGGAUGGAAGUUGGUGUGUGAGAAGAUAAAGGAAAACAAACAGAUUCCGUGUCACGAAAUCAGUGUUUUAAUGUAAAUUUUGCAGGGAGGAUAUUUGCUUUUUAAUAGACAACAACCUUUCCUGUCACACCUCCUGCAAGGAAAAAUCUGUUGCAGGGGGCUCUGGUUUGGUAACAGCUGUUUCUGGCCCCUGUUUACUGCUUAUUGUAACAGCUUGGGUUAUUGAGUAAUCUUCUCGGACAAAUCACUUCCACGCAAGGAGCACGCGUGCAGAUCAGUGAUACAAGAAAGCGACCCGGUGCCGUUUGGAAGGUCUUGCACUCAGAGACGUCUGACUUGUACUGUGGUCUGAUUUUUACCUGUCAUACAAAGGAAAUGGGGAUGAGGGGGCGUUUUCAUCUCCUACCACAGAGCGGGGGAAAAAAGAGGAAAGUAGCCUUCUGGCAGCCUCCACUUGUAAAAUGCCGGGUUUGUUCUGGAAAUGGCUUCAAGUAAUUGAAGAAUUCCUUUGAACUUUGCACAGCUCAGAAAAUGUUUUUGUUAAACAUGAAUGUUAACGUGAUUUAGGAAAUGUUGGCGGAUAUGAGUACAAAUGAACUACAAUGACUGUGUUUCUGAUUCUUUAAAUAAAAUAAACAUUAAGGUAACUUGA